ACAUAUAUAACCAAGGAAAUACUAAUAAAUUUGAAAAUCUAAAGUGAACACACAUUUUCAGAAUCCCAAGAACCACCAUCCAUCAUUCACUUUUUUCCUCUCACCCUGCGUUGACUGACUCCAAUUCUACUGUUUUCUUUUUUCUCAAACUCAAUAUGCAAGUUUCCAUGCUCUUUUCUGUUUUCUUCCACAACUUGUACAUAAAUAGACCCCUUCCCAUCAUUUUUUAGGCACCAAGUCACACACUAUACACUACCAUAAUUAUUAAACAACAACAACAUGAAUGAGCUUCAUUCCCUAGCUUCUUACACUAGUAGCCUCUAUGGUUCUUCCCUAGCUUGGGAUUACCACAACCUUGGAGUUCUCAACGCAGACAGAAUGUCUUUAAUGCCUGAAGCUAUGGAAGGAAGUGUUAGUGCUGCAGUGUCAUUCUCAUCACCUCAUCAAGAGACAGAUUUCUCAACUGGGUAUCUUGAAGAUGCUUUGGUUGAGUUUGGCGAGCGAGCCAAACGUAGACGCUUGCUUCUGCCAUGCAUUGAUGAUGAUGAUGAUCGGAGCAAGAGUAGUUCCAUUGAUGAUCUGGAGAAGGGUUUAUGGGAUUUCAACCCCACAUGGCACCAACCAGUUGAAAACUUGUACUGCAUGGACCAAAUAGAAAGAAUUUGUGGAUUUUCAGAUGAGCAUAUAAGCACAUUCAGGAGUAGAAUCAGUGAGGAACCAAACAUAGAAACUAAAACAACAGAAGAAGAGACAAUGUCAGCCACUGAAUCUCCAAAUUCAUCCUCUUCUUCAUACAAAGAAGAACCAGUGACAUCUAAAACCACAGAAAUCCAACAAAACAAGAGGGUGAUAACAAGAUCAGUGGUGUAUCCAUUUGCAUUGGUGAAACCAGGAGGAAGAGAAGGUGAUGUGACCUUGAAUGACAUCAAUGAGAGGAUCCUGAUGCCUCCAACGAGGCCAGUGAGGCAUCCAGUUGGUGACUUCGCGUGUCGGCCAUGCGUGUCCGCCGCAGACGGUCCAGGCCUUUCAGGGAAAGCAGUGGUGGCCCUUACCAGAAUUCACACACAGGGGAGAGGCACAAUCACUAUUAUCAGAACCAAAGGUUAACAAUAUUAAGCAAUUAGAAGCAGCGUAAUUUUGUGUUGUUGUUAACUUGUUAUGGCUAGCUUUUGCUUGAAGCUGCAGCUUUUUGGGCCUGAUUUGCUUUGAUUUCAGUCCUUCUAAUUGUAAAGAUGGAAAGUGAUAUGUAUGAAUGUGCAUACAAUAUAUAUAAAAUAAUUGUAUCUAUGUUAAAGCUGUUUUCUCAGA